UUGAAUGAUGAACGAGGCCGAACGGAGUGUCCUAGGGUUACAGAAGCAGAUAAAGAAUGAGAGAGGCGGAGCUCGCGCGAAGAAGAAAUUGAAGUGAGCUGCAGGUAUUUGGGACGAAAGACGAAGCUGAAAAAUAGCAGACCCGGUGCGAGCAAGAUGUCCUGAUUGUUGUUAGUAUCUCCUGACACGUCCGGCUUUGGGCUUUGGGUCUUUGAUUUAUGGCAGUCGGAAACAUAUUUGAUCAGUAAUAUAAUGGAGGAAGGGGAGAGCAUUAUACAAGCCAUCUACGAGGAAGAUGACUUUGAAGAUGUCGAAGAUGUUGAAAUGUUUGAUGUGGAAGAAGGAGAGAUUGUGGGAGAGAAAUCACCAGAAGUUGGAAAAGGCGGUGCCAAUGAUGUCAGUAUAGGAAAUCAAGGAUCCCAAAGCAAAAAUCGGAGGCGUAGAGCAAAUAAGAAGAAGAAUAAGAAAAAGAGGAGUGGUUCAGCACCUGUUACAGAUAUAAACAGGUUUGUGUUAGAAACAUGUAGACGUCUGAAAGAAAAGAAAUCGUAUAUGGUAUAUGCUGCGGUUGGUUGUCUGGGGAUUUCUGCAUUAAGUGAUCUUGUCAGUGAGAUUUUUCUUGUUGAAGCUUUUAUGGUGAUUCAACUCCUGUGCUCUGUGCUGAGAUAUAACUUGCCAAACCACUUCGUCAUUAACUUUUUGUGUAGGUUGAUAUGUAUUCUCUGCUUCUUUCUAUCAUUUAUAACACAUGCAUAUGGUGUCAUCUCUGUAGAUGUCACUAUAUUUUUGUUUUUAGUUAGUGCCUCAUUCAGCAAAAAGAGCUGGCAGUGAAAGACAAUUCUAGAAUUCUAACUGAGAGCUAGUAGCUGAUUCCUUUUCAUCCGGAUAAAUAAAUGCCUCUGGUUUCUAAAUAUUUUGAUCUUAAACAUUUAAUUGAUUAGUGAUUGAUUUGAAUUUUUGAAAUAUUUUUACAGAAUUUUUUAACAAAAUACUUUUGAGUAACAAGGUUAUAUGUUCUCUGCUAGCUGACAUGUGACGAAUGUUGCAAGAGUCCUAGGAAUCUGUUACUAUUCCCUAUUACUUAUGCAUUACUGAGGUCUCAUUUUCUUAUUUGUGUUGCAGAUUAUUUGUGUUAUUACUUCUUUGCAAUUUCAUGGGGAUAAGCAUUGGCUGUUGAUUUUCACAGUCAGUAACUUUUGUGGAAAAUCAGUAAUUUGGGACAAACAUUGUUUCUUCAGGGAUUUCUUGCCUGGAGGUUUUGGUGGUUGCCUCUAUUUUUAUGUUCCCUUUUUUCACUGUACUUGCUUGAUUCUUUUUCAAAUCCACAGUGAAAGAUCUAUACCAUAUAUGCAAAUAUAGGACUGUUAAUUUUGGGAACUGGGUGGUAUUUUCUCGCUCUUCCUCUUUGUGUGUUGAGAUGCAUGAAUCUGUUCUUGGUUUAAUCGCUUUACCAUGAAUAUUAUGUUAACUUCCAUUUUGAUGAGUAAUUUAAAUUCCCUUACUGUGGAAGAGCAGUAGCUUUGAUAAUUUCUUCAAUAUUAUAUGUUGUACACUUUUAAUAAUGAUCACUAGAAUUUCCUUGUUUUAAUAUGUUUGAACUUCUUGCCUUUGUAUCCAGUUGUAUAUUUUGUACCCAUCUAAUAGUAAAGACAUA